CUGUUCUCCUGAAAAAAAGAGAGAGAUGGAUGCUUGGAGCUUCAGUUGAUCUCAUGGGUAGUUUAGAGAUAAUGGUUGCCACUUUCUGCUUAAUUGCAGCAGCCUGCUUGAAAUAGAGCUAAAAAUAGUUGCUGGGAAACGUUGAUAAUUAUACUUUUAACAUAACUCUUUUUUUAAAAAAGAAAACAUUACAUCACUACAUGUGGCUUUCCUUCAGUUUUGUAUGAUAUACAGUAGGUUCAUUUCUGGUCUAAGACUGGACACAAACAUAAGAGGGAAAGAUGAUUUAAAUGAGAAAAUAAAGGAAGUCAGGUCUACCCAGAAUGAUUGGGAAUUAUUCAAAACUACAGUAAUAGAAGCAUGAGUAGAAUAUAGAAUAGAGUAGAAUAGAAUAGAUCUUUAUUGUCAUUGUCCCCUUGUGGGAACAACGAAAUUUCUCGGUUGCUAUAUCAACUCAAAUAGGACACUCCACAUAAAUUAAAAUACUGAUAAACACAAUACAAUACAGAACAAUAUAACAGAUAAAUAAGAUGACUUCAGAAUCCAGAGUUUCCAUUUAAUAAUAAUAAUAAUAAUAAUAAUAAUAAUAAUAAUAAAUAUUUAUACCCCGCCCUCCCCAGUCAAAAACCGGGCUCAGGGCGGCUCACACCAACAAAACUACAAUAAAACAUAAAAACAAUUAAUUAAAAUACAGAUUAAAAUACAAUAUUAAAAUUUAAAAUGCAGCCUCAUUUCAAGUAGUCCAUAAAUCCAGGCCAUGAGGGAGGAAAACACAGGGGUCAGGCUAAGUCCAACCCAAAGGCCAGGCGGAACAGCUCUGUCUUGCAGGCCCUGCGGAAAGAUGACAAAUCCCGCAGGGCCCUGGUCUCCUGGGAAAGAGCGUUCCACCAAGUUGGGGCCAAUACUGAAAAGGCCCUGGCUCUAGUAGAGGCCAAUCUAGCCACCUUAUGGCUCGGGAUCUCCAAAGUAUUGUUGUUUGUGGACCUUAAGGUCCUCCGCGGGGCAUACCAGGAGAGGCGGUCCCGUAGGUACGAGGUCCCAAGCCACAUAGGGCUUUAAAGGUCAAAACCAGCACCUUAAACCUGAUCCUGUACUCCACCAAGGCCAAAAUUGCUCUAGGAAAGAAAUUGUUCUUGAGACAGCUCGUUCUCGCCUUCAUUACUCUAUAUCAGGCAUCCCAAAACUGCAGCCCUCCAGAUGUUUUGGCCUACAACUCCCAUGAUCCCUAGCUAACAGGACCAGUGGUCAGGGAUGAUGGGAAUUGUAGGCCAAAACAUCUGGAGGGCCAAAGUUUGGGGAUGCCUGCUCUAUAUCUCCAUCCCGAUGGCAGGAGCUCAAAGAAACGAUGACCAGGAUGUCAUCUCUUGAUAUAUCUAAUGCCUUUCUAUGGCACCUGAUGGUAUGGAUAUGUUCUAAGGUAAAGAGUGAACAACCAUUAAUACUCUCUGCUGUUUUAAUAAUUCUUGCACAACACUAUCCUUUCCCGAGAAGUACAGCUUCCAUACCACACAUAAACCCAAGUCUCCUCAGGGGUUCCAUGAAGAUGGUUGUCCCUGGGAGUGCCCCUAUAAUUCAGCCAGACCUCAGUCUUGGAACUGAACUCAGCCGGGGCUCAGCAGAGAACUCUGUGAUGGGUCCCAAUACUGAACCAAUGGAUGAUCAAGUGGGCCCUGAGCUGGAAGAGGUGCGGAAAUUGCAAGAACUUGUGAGGAGACUUGAGCUCCAGAAUGAGCAGUUGAGAACUAGAAGCCUUCGAAGUGUGCCAGAGGCAAAACUGCUGAGCCAAGCUGGCGCUGGAGUGGAUAAUUGCAAUACCAGGCUCAAUGGGAUGGAAAUGAAUAAUAGCAUCAACACUCUGAUGGAUAAACAGGAAUUGCAGAUAGUGGCAGACUUACACUCUGCACUGAGUAAAAUGAGUUCAGAGGAGACUGAUGACAUCUUGGAAAAGGAUGUAGGGGCCACAGAACAGAACAAAUGUACCAGUGGUUGUGAGGAACAGUCUCCUAACCCGAAGUUUGUGAGCAAUACAGAAAUGCAGAACAGUGAUGCUAAUACCAAUGACUUGUCUGGUUGGAAUUGUAGCAGCACAGCGCUAGUAGAAGACUUCAUCACAGGUAUUGAGCCAGCACUGAGAAAGAGCGAAGGGGAUGCAGAGGUAGAACACCCCUUUAAUGAGACAACUCUGGAUGAAGUGGAGCUGUUAGAACUUGAGAAUGCUGACGAUGAAGAGGACACCUGGCUAUAUGUGUCUUCAAGAAAAAUACCAGCAGAUGAAAAGGAGUCUCCCCUGAAGUGGUGUAGGCAUGUGUUAGACAAUCCUAGUCCUGAGACGGAGGCAGCCUGCCGUACCCUAAUUAGCAGACUUGACCAAGCCAGUAGGUGGAAAUCCCUGUAUUGCGGUCCACAGGCAUCUUCAAGUGUGCAUAACUUGAAUACAGACACAGGGUCCUGUAGCAAUGCACUAAACAUACCCGGGUACUACAAAUCAACUAACAAACCGCUACUAACUUGUGGCAGCUCAGGUUAUUUGGGCACGCAUUCAGCAUUGAGCUCUCAGUCGUCUGUUGACAGUGAACUCAGUACCUCAGAUGACUCUAUCACGAUGGGAUACAAACUGCAAGACUUGACAGAUGUGCUGGUUAUGGCCCGUCUACAGGAAGAAAGUCUUCGCCAGGAUUAUGCCUCCAGCUCAGCCUCUGUUUCCCGUCGUAGUUCCAGUGCUUCUUUGCAUUCAUUGCGCAAAGGCACCUACAGUGACCAGGACUUUGACGCAUACAGUCUGGAGGAUGAGGAUGAUGGCUGCUCCUUUUCCUAUCAUAGUAGCCACAGAUACUCACCAUCCCCACUGAACUCACCACGGUGCCAGUCCCCAUCCACAAACACAGACUUUGGCAGGGCAACAGGCACCCGGAUUCACACCUCCCGGAGAGCAGUGCAGAAUUCCAUUCCAGAAAGGAUGAAAUAUUCUGGGAAUGAAGAAGAGCUAAGGCACAGCAUGCCUAACCUGGCCCGAACAGGUCGGCGUUCCUUGGAGUCUGUAAGGAACAGCUGCAGCUUGGAGUCAGAUCUGCAGGUUCCCAGUAGUCGACUCUCCAGAAUCAAUCAGCCAUCGGCUGGUCUGGCUCCAAGUAAGCUCCGCUAUUCCUCGGGUGCUGGGAAGUCACCCUUAAUAGUCCGACAGCCAAUGAAAGCAGGUUCUUGUGCCAGCAGUCUCAUAACACCACAGCAGCCCGUUAGAGCUGCUGGUUUUGGCAGUACUAUUGGCAGAGUUCGAAAGCUACAGUCUUCCACACAGCAUCCAUGUUCUGCUGGUGGUGGCAGUUCGGUGGCUAGAAGCAAUAGUAUGGCCACAGGAGCAAAACAUGCCCUUCCAAAAAGUAGAACGUCCGUUGGGGGAACACCCUCCCUGAAGAGCAAGUUGGCACAGCCAGCCAAGAGAUUUCCGAAGGCCAGUGUUUCUGCUGAUGACUCUUGGAAAGAAGGGUGCUUCUGAGCCAAUGUGAAGAUACUGAUAAAGAGUGACUGGUUGGUUUGGGAAAUACAGUGGUACCUCGAGUUACAAAUGCCUCAGCUUACAAACGCCUCAGGUUACAAACUCCGCUAACCUGGAAGAGUUACCUCAAGAUGACAACGGAAAUCGUGUGCCCUGUUGGUGCAGUGGCAGCAAGAGGCCCCAUUAGUGAAAGCACACCUCUAGUUAAGAACAGUUUCAGAUUAAUAAUGGACCUCUGGAACGAAUUAAGUUCAUAACUAGAGGUACCACUGUAGUUGGACCAAGAGCCCAGCUGGCUGGGCAGGAGGAUCUUAAAAGUCUACUUAUCUUUAGCAUCAGUGCACCUGAGCAACAGAGAUAUUUUUCUGAAUUCAUACCACCUCUUUAAAAGGUAAAGGGACCCCUGACCGUUAGGUCCAGUCGUGACCGACUCUGGGGUUGCGCGCUCAUCUCGCAUUAUUGGCCGAGGGAGCCGGCGUACAGCUUCCAGGUCAUGUGGCCAGCAUGACAAAUCCGCUUCUGGCAAACCAGAGCAGCACAUGGAAACGCCGUUUACCUUCCCGCCAGAGCGGUCCCUAUUUAUCUACUUGCACUUUUGAUGUGCUUUCAAACUGCUAGGUGGGCAGGAGCUGGGACCAAGCAACGGGAGCUCACCCCGUCACAGGGAUUCGAACCGCCGACCUUCUGAUCAGCAAGCCCUAGGCUCAGUGGUUUAACCACAGCGCCACCUGGGUCCCUUACCACCUCUUUGCCUUUGUUAUAUUUCAGUGGUAGAAAUUGACAGCCUUUAUUUUGCUUUAGCCGUUAUAUUCUUAUUGCUUUGUACUUGGGAAUAUAGAAAGCUUCCUGAUUACACUUGAACAUUUGUUUGAACAUUCCCCUCAAGGGGUGAAAGACGAGCACAGGAUAGUGCCCCUAUGGCUAUAAAAGCAUUUGAUUUUGUGGGGGUUUCCCUCCCAAAAAGCAUCGAAAGAAGUAGAAAUAAUUAGAAAUUACAGUGUCAUAUGGGGUACAUUAACUUUUCUAGCAACUUUUAAGAGGUUUUCUAAUUAUUCCAAGUAUGGGUAUCUCAGUUACUUUGAUUAUAGUAGUGGUUGAAGCUGGUUUUUGAUCAUGUUUAGUUGUUUAGUCGUGUCCGACUCUUCAUGACCCCACAGAGAUAUUUUUCUGAAUUCAUACCACCUCUUUGCCUGUUAUAUUUCAGUGGUAGAAAUUGACUGCCUUUAUUUUGAUUUAGCUGUUAUAUUCUUAUUGCUUUGUACUUGGGAAUAUAGAAAGCUUCCUGAUUACACUUGAACAUUUGUUUGAACAUUCCCCUCAAGGGGUGAAAGACGAGCACAGGAUAGUGCCCCUAUGGCUAUAAAAGCAUUUCAUUUUGUGGGGGCUUCCCUCCUAAAAAGCAUCGAGAGAAGUAGAAAUAAUUAGAAAUUACAGUGUCAUAUGGGGUACAUUAACUUUUCUAGGAACUUUUAAGAGGUUUUCUAAUUAUUCCAAGUAUGGGUAUCUCAGUUACUUUGAUUAUAGUAGUGGUUGAAGCUGGUUUUUGAUCAUUGAUAGUACACACUCCCAAAUAAAUAUAUCAAAACACCAAGACUCCUGUGUGGUUUCUUGAAGGCCGGCUGUGUACCCUGCAGUGAAUUCAUGUGUACCUAUUCGCUCUUU